CCACGGACCGCGCUGGGAAGAGCAAACUUGGAGUUGUUAGUCCGCCAGCUAGCUGGUGGAUGCAAAGGGAAGGCGCUCAGAAGUUCUGGGAAUGGCUACAGCCUAUGGGAAGCGAGGACAAGGUACUUCUUGAUUACUAAAAAUUGUAUUGCUUUGAUUAGUCGCAGUCAAUUGGAAGCUAGGACGAUUUUUCAGACUUUCAUCACGACACGCUUUCACUUAUAUUUUUUACACUUCCCUCUUCAAGUAGUCCUAUCUACCUCUUCUCAAUCCAUUCCAGAUUGGUGCUGUUCGGGGACCGAAGCUGAUGCUAUUGAUUCCGCAAGUAGCUGCCACCGGAUUUGGUAAAUGGUGGCCAGAUAUGCCAAGCAGUGAGUUUGAUCUCAACCGGCACCGAAGUUGGUAUGCGAGUAAAUGGGUACGUGAUACUCAGCCGAGUGAGUUUCUACAGAUUUCCAAUUCUCCCAGUCGUGCCGCAGCUGAGGCCGUCAGGAAUGGGUCGGAGGAUUUCGCAAAUGCAGACACGAUAUCGACGCUGCGUGGAAAGAAAAGGCGAAUAAGAACACAAGGACGUGUACGAAGAAUACUACUUCCACCUUCGAGCAGAAAGCGUUUUUUGAACACGUCGUUUGGGUAUUUUUUUGCCGGACAGGAUAACACAGCGCACCCGGCUGCAGGUGAGACUGAGCCGAAGUACUUGAACGCAACCGUGGACUGGAUCCCUAGAGGCCAAAAUGGCGCGAACUCGGAACAGAAUGACCCGGAGAUGCGAGAGGGGAAACGGAAUGACUGGGAGUUAGAUUACCAGAAGUACCGGGAUCCCUGUGCCACGGGUGCUCGCAAUCCUAACUCGGAUGAGUGCCUCAUCGAGGGUAAAGUGAAGAAGGUGCUAGGUACAGAGCAGCAGGGCGUCAGCACGGCAAGCAAGGAUGUGAACGACGACCAGGUGGAGGCCAAGAAGGCAGGGCAGAAGAAGAGCCUGCUGUCGAAAGUGAUGAG